ACAUUGACUCUAUAUUUAAAUAAUUAUUUACAAAAAUGGAAGAAAUAGAAUAUGAAAGCAUUAUUCAAUGGUACUGUCAGAAACAGUACUUCAGUGAUAUGCUAUCUUAUGCAAGACAGGCUGUAGAUGCAUAUUCUUCUAACGAAAGAUUGAGAGUAUUACUAGCAUUGUCAUUUACUUUAAAUAAUCAUUACAAAGAUGCAUUUAAGGAGACUUCCUCACUGGCAUCUGCAGAAGACUACGCAGUUGCCUUUUUGUCGGCUUUGCAUAUUCAAAGUCAUAUCUACAAAAAUCAAGAAACAACUGAUCGAUUGGCUAUAGCUCAGAUUGAUACAAAAAUCAAAGAAAAUCGAAAGAAAGCUUCUGCUGAGGCACUGUCCCUUGCUGCGAUGAUUCUCCUUCUAUUUAAAAAGUUCGAUAGUGCAAAAGAAUAUUCCGAUCGAGCUUAUAUACUUAGUCCAUUAGAUAUUUUUGUUCUUCUGUCAAAAGGAUGGUGUUCAAUGACUUCUGACGAUUUGACACAAAAUCCUGGUAACUACUUUGAAAUGAUCUUGAAAGAGAAUAAUAAACAUUUCAAUGCAAAAUAUCGAGAACUACGAGGCGAUCAUUCUGGGGCAAUUCUUAUAUUAAAUCAAUUAAUAGUGCGAUAUCCUAAAAUAUCCGCCCCAUUGGUUGAGAAGAUCAACAAUUUAUUGGCACUGAAGGAGUGGGAGCAAGCUGCCGAGAUAUCUAAUAGAAUCUUAUCAUUCGACAACUCUAAUAUCGAUGUCUUUAAAUUAAAGGCCUUGAUUGUGAUAUGUAGGGAAGGAAAUUAUAACGAAGCUGUUAAGCACGUUCAAGCAUUUUUUCGAAAUCUCAUACUUGCCGAGUCCAAAAAUAUCAAUCUUUUCAUCGACAAUAUUAAGCUCUUCUCGAGAAUCGCUGUAAAGAACGAGAGCAUUAUUUCCGAGCUUUUCAAGUUCGUCGACAAAAUGCAACAGCAGAACCCAGGAAAUGCGGCGCUAAUGGUUCAGCUUGGUAAUAUGUGUAUCCUCAUGGAUAAGUACCAGGAGGCAGAGAAUUGGUACCGUGGAACGGUGCGUCUUGACGAGUCAUCGUACGACGGUUUGAUGGGCCUUGCACGCUGCCAACUUCAGGACGUGUCUUGUGAAGUUGAGAAUCUCGCGAAGCAGCAACUCGAAUUCCUUACGGAGCUUCACUCGUCUAGCCAUCCCAGUUCCAAGCUACUCUUUAUGUUUGCGAAGCUCUAUCGCAACAAUUCGCAGAAGGCACUCGAGCACUUGGAUAAGGCUGCCUUGGCUUUAAUUGAGAAUUGCUCUUGUUACUGCUACGGUUAUGAAUAUUUAAACAAGCUCAAUACUGAUUUAUGCAUGGAUAUUGUGCAAGAAUAUCUUCAUCAUUCACCAAACAGUAAUGUACUUAAAAGCAGCGAAAUUGAAAAGAGUUCGUGUAUCAGGCUGCUGGAAAUUGUUAUAGAAGCUAAUCCCGGACUUGGCGCUGCUUUACUAUUGAUGGGAAGAAUUAAAAUGCAGUUCGGAGAUUUGAAUGGAGCUGUAGUUGUUUUAAAGAAAUUAUUGGAUUCAGUUGAUAGAACUAAUGCAGCAGGUCAUUUAUUAAUGGCUCGAAUUCUCGUCAAACAGGGCCAUUACGAAAGUGCCUCGCAAACUUUAGAAGUAGGUUUGAGUUACAAUUUUCAGGUCAGAGACGAUCCAGUUUACCAUAUGAUUAUUGGUACAGUGGCAAAGGAAAGUGGAGAUCUUGAAGGUGCUAUUAAGAAUCUAAAUAAGGCGAUGUCGCUUGCCGGUUUGAGUCCGAAUCAAGAAACAAUGGAACCCGUAAUUAAUAUCACCGUAUCGGACAAGGCGACGCUUUAUUUAGAACUGAUAUCAGCAUACUUGGAUCUACGGAAAUUUGACGAUGCAACAACAUUGAUCGAAGAUGCCCGAGCGCAGCUUCUUUCUAGUCCGGAAGAGGGUCGUAUCAUUAUCGGCCAUGCGGAGCUAUACUUGGCUAUGGAUGAACUUGAUCAGGCAAUAGAAAUGCUUUCAAGUAUUGGACCUGGAGAGCCGUAUUAUGUGCAAGCUCAUACCAAACUUGCUGAUAUACAUCUACAACGUAGAAAGGAUCGGAACUCGUUUGCCAAGUGCUUUAGAGAUUUGGUGGAAAAUUGUCCUGGUUCCGAGACGUAUAACAUGUUGGGUGACGCUUACAUGUCAAUUCAAGAGCCAGAGCGUGCAAUCGAGGCUUAUGAAUUGUCGCAAAAAAAUAAUCCCAAGAACAAGGCACUUGCAAAAAAAAUGGGAAUUGCACUGAUGAAGACACAUCAGUACUCUAAAGCCAUUAGCUACUACAAGGAGGUAGUCAAAGUGGAAGGAUGCAGGGAAUUAAAGCUGGAUAUGGCCGAACUUUUAAUGAAGCUUAAGCAAUUUGAUAAAGCAGAGGAGGCUUUAGUUGAGGAGCUCAAUGAUGGCCGAGGAGUCAAUGAUAUUCAGACUUUGGAAAUGCGAGGAAAACAGUUAUUACUGCUUGCAAAAGUGCGGGAAAAAGCAGGUAACUUAAAAGGAGCUUUAACUACAUUGAGCGAAGCUAAGGAAAAUCAAGUUCGAUACGCUCAAAGAGCAACGAUGUUACCGAAUCUGCUAGAUCAGAAGAACGUAUUAGCUGAUAUUUGUUUCACAAUGGCUGAACAUUCAUCAUCGAUAAGGCAGUUUAUCCCAGCGGUAGAUUAUUAUAAGGAAACUCUCUCCUACAAGCCCAAUGAUGUUAAAGCCUUGUUGUCCUUAGCAAAAUUAUAUAUGCAGAUGAACGAACUGGAUAAGUGCACACAAUACUGUCAAAUUCUCUUAAACACGGACCCCAACAAUGAAGCAGCAUGCGUCAUGAUGGCUGAUUUGGCUUUUCGAAAAGUGGACUUCGAUACCGCAGCGUUUCAUUUUCGACAGCUAUUACUUCAAAAACCAACGUACUGGACUGCUUUAGCUCGACUAAUUGAAGUUUCCCGCAGGACUGGGAAUAUUGACGAUCUCAGCGAAUGGUUAACGAGGGCAGAAAGUGCCAUGGAUAGGGCCAAGCCCGAUCCUGGAUUCUAUUACUGUUCGGGUCUUCUCGACUGGCGGAUCGGUAAACUCGGCUCGGCCUUGACGAAAUUCAACGCGGUCCGACGCGAUCCCGAAUGGGGACAACAGGCUAUUUACAACAUGAUCGAGAUCUGCCUGGAUCCCGAUGAUGACUCUACAUUGUCCAGAGAAAUAUUCAUUGAUGAUGAGACGGAUGUUGAUGAUUCUAAGAGUAUGGCGCUUAAAAAUGCGCAGAAGCUUUUGCAGGAGUUAAAUCCAAAGGGAAAUCCUCAGGAGAUGUUAACGCAUCGGUUAUUGAGCAAUUUUAUCCUGCUCGCUUCGAAACAGAAGCACAAUAUCGAACAAGCUCUCCAGGAUUGCACGGCUUUAGCAAGCCAGGAGGUUCUUCGGGAUCACGUAGGACCGGCUCUAGGACUUGCAACGGCUCAUAUUCUCCUUAAGCAGACGCCACGCGCACGAAACCAUUUAAAACGCGUUAGUAAGAAUACGUGGACAUUCGAGGAUGCCGAAUACUUGGAACGUUGCUGGCUGUUGUUGGCCGAGAUCUACGUGCAGUCGAGCAAAUAUGAUCUCGCUUCGGAGCUCCUGAAGCGAGUGCUUCAGCAUAAUGUAACUUGUGUGAGGGCCCACGAGCUCUCGGGUCACAUCUCCGAGAAGGAGCAGAGUUACCGGGAAGCGGCUACGAAGUAUGCUCAGGCAUGGAAGUACGGGGGUAAAUUCAAGCUGAACAUUGGCUACAGGUUGGCUUACUGUUACCUCAAGAGCAAACAGUACGCAAAUGCCAUCGACGUGUGCUACGAGGUGCUCAAGAUUAAUCCCGACUAUCCGCGGAUCAAAAAGGAUAUCUUGGAAAAAAGUAUGCACAACAUUAGGACCUAGAGACGAGAUACGAGUAUAAGGGUGUAAUUGAUGAAUUUUUAAUUU